GUGCCUUCGCUUUCUCAGUGGAUUUAAGGCUUCGAUUGAUUAUCACUAAGCAAAUAUUGCUUCAUCAUCUCCAAUUCAAUUCUCCUUUUUACUUUGCAACAAACCCUAAUUUUUACCUUGCAAUGACUGUUGAACUUUUUGUUGUCUUUAAUGAUGUUGUCGCCGUUAUUGCGGAAGAGAAGGUUGAACUCAGUCUUUUAGGUAAGAUCCAUGGAACUUCUCCCUCCCUCGCCAGCCUGCAGAAAUUUUUGGUGGAUAUCUAGAACUGUCGGGACUAGCUGACAGUGCUACUGGCGGACGAGGGCCUCACCCUAUUCAUUUUCUCUAAUGCUUCGGAUCCAGCCGCAUUCGAGACCAAUCUUCUUGGAUUCAACCACGCUUCCUGAUUCACCUUUGGUUCUGGUGUGUUCCUUCUGUGGAGAUUGCAGAGUCCGUCUUUUCAUGUUUCGGUGUGGGUUCGGUUCUGGAAAGUUCCUACAUCAGGCCACACGCUUCUAAUGGUGAGAUGCUUAGGGUCUACCAUGGGUGAAUUGAAGAAGGCGAUUGUUCAUGUUUACCGCAAGACUGGAGGGGUUUACCUUAGGGAGAAGGUGGUCCUCAACAUCACCCCGCCACUUCCUAUCUCAGUGAUAGCUUUACACGAGGAUCGCAAUCUUUCAUAUGGCAAGCACAUCCUGGCUUGUGAAAAAGGCCCUUGCGUUGAUGAGCACACUCAGCAAAGUAGAUAGCUCGUUUCUCAUCGAACCGCCCUGCACCGGAGGGACAUCAUGAAGUGUCUUCCUCCAUUAUGACUAGAGCUGUGGAGUCUCUGUGCGGAUCGCAUGACCACAACACCACUGGCCUGCAAUGUCUGUCCCUUGGGCCUGCUCCCGAUGCUCCUUCAUCUUCACCUUCUGCUUCUCAUUCUCGCAAACGUUACCUGAUGGAAAAUGGUGAAAUACUGCCAACCCCUAAAGCUAUUUGUGUAGAGGACUUAGCUGGGCUGGAGCUUAUUACAACUAAUUAUGUUCAGGGGGAGGAAACCGGCCUCGAUCACUCCAACCCUGGAUAUUAGUAUCUAAAUGUCAUAUUUAGUAGAUCUCUUAUGAUUGCCUUCCUUAGUGAAACAAAGUGUCGUGAUAGGAAAGUUUAAUCAUGGCUAGCUCGUUUAGGUUUCUCAAAUUCUAUUUUAGUGAGUCCCAAUAACACUUUAGGGGCAUG